AUGGAUACCAAACCGAUCGCGGCCAACAUUUCCCAUGGCGGCGGGAUCCUCCAGGGUCUCGCCACCGGGACAUCCGCAUGGUAUGCCUCUUACGUCGUCACCGCCAUGCUUUUGGCCUUUUUCGCGUUCAGUUCCAAAGACAAGUAUCCGGAGUUGCCUUGGCUGAACCAGAAGGCGCCUACCGAAUUGACGUCGUCGAAACGUCGGGCCGAAUUCAUCGCCAAGCCUAUAGAGCACCUGCACAAGGGUUCGACGCAAUUCAAAGACACGCCGUACAAACUCAACACCGAGAACGGCCCCGUUCUCGUUCUGCCACCCAAAUACGUGAACGAGUUGAAAAGUGAUCGAAACCUCGACUUCAAAAGCAUCGCUUCGGAGAACACCCAUGCCUAUCUUCCGGGCUUUGAACCGCUCAACUCGCCACCUACCUUGCCCCAGAUCAUCAACAAACACCUGACCAAGGCCCUAUUGUCCCUGACACAGCCGAUAUCCCUGGAGACAACCAACGCUUUGAAGGAUGUCUUCAAGGAGUCAAAAGAAUGGACUACCAUUACCCCCAGUCAGAUUGGGCUUGUCGUUUCUCGAAUGUCAUCCCGUAUCUUUAUGGGCAAGGAGCUCUGCAAUGACAAAGAAUGGAUCGAAACCUCCUCUGACUACGUUUUUACACUGUUUCGACACCAGUUGGAAAUUGCGGAAUGGCCGCGCCGCCUGCGUCCGUUGGCAAACUGGCUGUCGCCUCAAGGCGCUGUUGUUCGCCAGAAGCUCCAGCGGUGCAGAGACGUGUUACAGCCUCAUUUGGAGAAACGCCAGGCCGUGAUCGACCAGGCGCUUGCCCGCGGCGAGAAAAGUCCUUACAACGACGCGAUUGAAUGGUUUGCCGAUACGAUUGGAAAGAAUUAUGACGCGGCUUCGGCACAAAUCGGUUUAUCGCUUGUGGCCAUUCAUACUACCGCUGACCUGCUGACCCAAACGAUGUACGACCUUGCGAAGAACCCCGAAUUAAUUCCUGCCCUGCGUCAGGAGGUUAUCGAUGUCCUAAGCACGAACGGUCUUACAAAGCUGUCCUUCCAAAAACUGGUUUUAGUGGACGGCUCUCUUAAGGAAAGCCAAAGGUUAAGGCCUAUUUUCACCACAUUCUUUAUCAGGAAGGCCCUUCAGGACGUUGUACUCAGCGACGGCUUCGUCGUUAAAAAAGGCACAUCUCUUGCCAUGAACGGCACCAACGUCAUGAUGAACGAAGAAAUUUACCCGGAACCGCACAAAUAUAACCCUUACCGUUACGUCAAAAUGCGCCAAACGUUUGGUGAAGAAAACAAAGCGCAUUUGGUUAGCACCAGUCCCGAACAUUUCGGGUUCGGCCACGGAAUCCGCGCAUGCCCGGGUCGUUUUUUUGCUGCCAAUGAGCUCAAAAUCGCGAUGGCGCACAUCCUGCUCAAAUACGAUUGGAAGCUUGCAGAUGGUGCCGAGGAUUUGAAGCCCAGGGCCGUUGGGAUUAACUACCUUCACAACCCCGCCAUCAAAUUGAUGGUGAGGAGGAGGAAGGAGGAGCUGGAUUUGGAUUCGCUCGAGUUUUGA